AGAUUGCCUCUAGAAUAAUUUCUCUUCGUUGACAAUCGUUGAAAAAUUACCAGUGUUUAAAUCUAGUUCUAAACGAUGCGGUAAAUUGGCCACCCUGCUCCGUCCUGUCAAAAUCUCCCAGCGCAUGUCCCUGGAAAUCAAACAUGGCCGGUCGUAGCGGUUAUGAUGAUAGAGACAACAGGGAUUUCGGCGGCAGAGGUCGCGAAAACCAGCGGGCGUCCAAAAAGCCUUUUCCAACCGAGCCGCCGUUCACAGCUUACAUUGGGAAUUUGCCGUAUGGAAUCGUGCAGGGGGAUGUCAAUCGCAUUUUUGAGAACCUCAACGUGAAGAACGUGAGGCUGGUUAUGGACAAGGAAACUGACCGUUUUAAGGGAUUUUGCUAUGUCGAAUUUUGCUCGCUCCAAGAUCUAGAAGAAGCAAUUGCCAUGAACGGUUUGGUCGAAGUCGAAGGCCAUAACAUCAAAAUAGAUGUAGCAGAAGGUAAACGUAGCGAAAGAGGCGGCGGAUUCGACCGAGGUGGUCGCGGGGGCAGAGGAGGCGGCGGUGGUUUCAGAGGUCCACGGCCUGGCGGCGGCGAUCAUCGUUUUGAAGAAUUCGAGAGGCGAGGAGGUGGCGGUGGAGGAGGACAAGGAGGUGGGGGAGGAGGAGGAGGUGGAGGAGGAAGCGGCGGAGGCGGCGGAGGCGCAGGCGGCGGCAGUGGUCGUGGAGGUUCCUUCAACGCGGAUCGAGGAGGUAAUAGAGGGAAUUACGGCAACUUCUCAUCGGAAGAGGGCAAUCGGGAGUGGACCGCCCGAGGAAAUCGCGGCAACAAUGGAGGAUUUGGCGGUAGGCCGCGUCAAGAGAGGAGAUCGUUUACUGAGGAUCUACCAAAUCCAACUCCAGACACCACAGGAAGGCCGAAACUGAAGCUGCAGCCUCGGACCGUCAAAGAACCAGUAAACGCAAUGGCGGAAACGUCGCAAACGUCGACGAUUUUUGGUGGCGCCAAACCGCGAGAGGAGAAAUUACUUGAUAAACAGUAAAAUGUUUGUUGAUUGUGUGUAAUUUGAUUUUUAAGAUUAAUGUUUAUCUUUUUUUUUUCUUUCAUAUCUGAACUGAUUCUUUUAUAUUAGGCGAUUGUAACAGAAGUAAUAAAAAUUAUAAUUGGUUUUACUAA